UUAAAUCAUAAUUAUACAGAAAUAUUAAUUAGGGAUCCUUAAGCCAUUGGAUGAUGAUAAGUAGGAGUUUAGUUCAGCAAAACCUGAAGGAUCUUGCUUGAUGAAACUUUCCUCAGCAAUUUCACCUCUUUUAUGCUUAAAUAUCUCUUCUGAGAACUGAAGGUGAAAGUCUUUGCUUUAGACUUCUUGCCACGUAAACUUAAGGGCUCAGAAGGAGAUAGAUCUUCCAGAAAAGUAGCUUUCCCUGACUUUCUUUCCUUAGCUUCACCAUUAUUUUCGUCCUUUGGGGUAAUUGGGAAUCACCAGAAGUCUUCUCUAUUGGAUCUUCCUUUGUUGUCUUUCAAAGUAUUUGAGAACUGAUGUGUCAUUUUAGGAACCUGUGGUGAACACUCAUCUGUAUCUCCUCAGGAUACUAAGUCGUCACUCCAAAUAUCUUGGUGACCAAUAAUUGGUUUAAUCUGAGUUUCUGAGUUCAUUAAAAGUUAA